ACUUGCAUUUUCAAUUUCAAGUGUUAUCACGGUGAUGGUUUUUUUAUCCGACCCUCCAUGAUUUUUUAUUUUAAUAUAUCAUUUUGAAAUUUGCUUAAAACUUGUAUUUUUAUCUCUGGUUUACUGAUCUGCCGUAAUUCAGUGUGAAUUUCUCUUCAAAGACCUUGAGUUGAAUGAGUCUUAGGUUAUGGUUUUUUCUGAGGCAAGCAGCAGAGCAGCUGCUUGAUCUGAGUCAACAAUAGGUAGACGAAGAUUCAGAAUGUCUCGGACUCCAAAUGAAAACUUGGUAACGUACAAACUAGUGGUCGUUGGGGAUGGAGGCGUCGGUAAAAGUGCAAUCACCAUUCAGUUCUUCCAGAAAUUGUUUGUGACUGACUAUGAUCCAACAAUUGAAGACAGCUACAUACAGCAUGCUGAAGUCGAUGGAACUUUAUGUAUUCUUGAUGUCUUAGAUACAGCUGGUCAAGAAGAAUUCAGUGCAAUGCGUGAACAGUAUAUGCGCAAAGGGGACGGAUUCUUGCUUGUUUACUCAGUCACCGAUGUGCAAAGCUUCAAGAACAUAGAUAGUUUUUACACUCAAAUUUUAAGAGUGAAAGAUCGGGAUAUCUAUCCAAUGCUGCUUGUGGCUAAUAAAGUAGAUUUAGUUCACUUACGACAAGUCUCCGAGGAAUCUGGGCGUGAACUUGCACAUAAACUGGGCAUUCCGUACAUAGAAUCAAGUGCCAAAGAUCCACCUCUUAAUAUCGAUGCUGUCUUUGAAGAGUUGGUUCGUAUCAUCAGAAAUCAGCCAGAUGCUGAUGCUGGAAAGUCCUCAAGAGGCCGUCGCUCAAAGAAUUGUUUGAUAAUGUAAAGUAUUGCUGAAAUUUUUAUCUGUGGUGUAUAUCUUAGGCAUACCUGCUUUUUUUAAGCUAUUUUCCUUGCUUACUCAGUAAUUACGAUUGCUUAGUUACUGCGAAAAUCAUUGUUGUAACUAACCAACAGGUUUUUAAUAUUGUCCGCAUACUGAGAAUAAGCAUUCUUGGGCAUCUGGUUCUUUUUUGCUGAAACUCGAAAUAUGCCAAUAGCAACUAGAAUGUAUGGGUUACUGAAGAAAUCCAGAACUUGACAGAAAGUGUGCUUCUAUCCUCAAAAAUGUUCCAAGCGGAAAUUGUCCUCAUAGAAGUCCCAAUUAAUCAGUCAGUUGUAGCUGAAUAAUUGAUAAGCUUCUCCAACUGUGCCACAAAUGAUCCUCCGCGUUCAAGAUGCUAUGAAUCAGAAGUCCUGAUUUACAAAGAAGGAACACAAGAAAAUGGGUGAGCAAGGCCAAAACAAACAUUAAAAUGCCUGGAAAGUUUUGGGGUGUUAUCAAUCCCCUUUUCAACGGAGAAACAUAAAGAGAAUGAUAAGAACCUCUGGAGUUACCUUUCCUCUCAUUUGUUCACUUUUACUUUUACGUUUUAGUUUCCUGGUUGACACUAGGUAUUUCAAUUUUGAUUUUAGGCUUUUUACCCAUUUUCAGUUUCUUCAAGGAACUCGUUUCUUCAUCUGUUCCCUACUUGCUCACACCAUUGAUUCGACGAAAUUCUUCAACUGUGAGGUGAACUUGUUCAGUGCCAAGCUGGUCAUAAUACCAGUUUUUUUGUCGAUCUGUGCAGGAGGGAACGUGCUAAGCAGGAAAUAAUCUUUGCUUCCCCCAUUACUCUUGAAGUGAGGCAUUUUUUGGCCAAUGAACACUCAGCUACUUAUAACCUUCUCAUAGGAAAUGUUUACUCUAAAAACUGAUGGAGAAUUCUUUAUCAUGUACAAGUCAUGGUGAUGGUGAGAAAAUGGAAAAACUGUUAUUUGAACAGAGAUACCUCAGCCAAACUUGACAUUUUCUCCAAUAAAACGAAUUUAAUUUGUUUUAAUGACUAGGGACAGAUGCUUGACUUUUGAAAUUUUAUUUCCAACUUACUUAACGUUUAUUUUGAAAUCCUGUUUUUAUAUUUUUGAAAAGUUUAUUAUUUUUGUUUUUUGGCGUACAUCCUUUUACAGAAGAGUAACUGUAUUAUUACUUUCGUGAAACGCUCAAUUACGAUAGUGAAGCUCAAGUGGAUGCAUUUUCUCAAAUAUUCCUCUAAAAUUGUACAAUUUUCUUCCUUAGCUCUCUAUUAAACGUUUUUAGGUUCCAAGUAGAUUAGAUGAGUUCAAACAUGAAGUAACUUAAGUACAAUUGUCCUUAGUUGUUUUAUCAAGUCACAAGUUAACAGUGUAUUCCUGUCCAGGAAAUUCGUCUUUUUUUGUAGCUUUUUUACAUCAUUUUUUUUUUUUUUUUUUUGUAAUCUUACUUUGAUUUGUGUAGUUGAAACCUACCUAUUUGAAGGAAAGCUGUAGUUUGGGAAAGAUGAUUUUUUAAAUAUCUUAUUAGAUUUUACAUCAUGAGCGUGAUAAUUUUUACACAUUUUUAUAUACUUCAAUUUCUGGCAGAUUUUUAUUUAUACUUCUGCUGAUAAGUGCAGCUACCAUCAUUGACUUUAUGUUUCUAAUUUAGAGGAUGAUGUAUGGAAGUAGAGAAACUAUAUUUCUGGAAUUUUUAGCUUUUCAUGAAACUUAAUAUUCAGUAUUUUUACUAGUUUUUAUACCUCAUGUUUCUUCCCAUUUUCAUGAGACAAUCUACCACCUCAUACACCUCUCUUUAUCACCUCUGUUAUUACUUGUUCCAACAGUUUAGAUGAACCUCAAAGGAAACCAUGUAAACAGCAUUGCAAUUUAGUGUUAGUUCUAAACCUUGAAUCUUCGAAAUUUUGUGUCCGGCACACAGAAAAUUGGCUUGCUAUUUAAUUAACCCUCAUGUGAGUCCGGCCAUGUGUUGAUGUGAUGUUGUGCAAUUUGAUUAAUUGGAUUUUGGUGGACUUCAUUCUUCAGGAUUUUCAGUUUAUCAGUUUUUCUGUCAGCAGAAAAAGAAAAGGAUUUUCCAAAUCACCCGUUACGUAUCAAGUGAACCAAGUCUAUAGUUUGAAAAAGCAACUCGAAAGAGUAAAAAUAUUAGGAUGGCUACGUUUGUAAUUUAAACAUAUUUUUUUGUGAAUUACUUUGACUUUUAUUAUCUCUGUUCCCAUCUUAUUUCAUCAUUAUCGGUCUCGAUUAAGAUUACUGCUCUAAAUCUAGUCUUUUCCCUGCUAUGAUUGGAUGAAUAUUUUUGAAAAAUAAUUGAUUGCUCAACGUUUCCAGUGCAAAAAUUUUGCCAAUCUCUAUCUCCUUUACUUUAUUGUAAAUUUAUUUUCAAACACUUAGCUCAAAAAAGCAUUUGUGCCCCCUUUUUUAUUUAAUAACCAAAUCGUUGUGUUUUCAACCACUCUUAAUACACUUGAAACUUGAUUAACCAACUUUUAAAUGACAGAUGAGCUAUUAAAGCCUGAAAAUGCCGAGUGAUUGAACCAAAGAUGUAGUUUCAAAUUAACGUAAGGACUCUUUCAAAGAACAUGCCGUAAGACUUUCAUUUAAUCUACUAAGAAUCCUCAAAUUUUUGUCCUUGCAUUCAUUUUCCUCUAGAAGGAACAAGGAUUGUCAGACAAUUGGAUAGUACACUUUUUUUUGCUUUGCUCUCAACUUGUGAAAAUGGUGCUUUAGUCAGUCAGAACAUACCUAACCAAUUCAAUGGAGAGAAUAAAUUUCGGACUUUAUUUCGGAAAAAUAUAUUAAAAAAUUAUAUGACCUCUGAACUAUGUACUUGAUGUUAGAUCACAUUGUAAAGUAAGUAAUAAGUGGACAGUACAUCACUGCUAAAUUGUAUUAAAUUGAAUGAAUUUUCAGCUAUCAAAAUUUUUGUCCAGUCAGCCAAGGAAUUGAGGACUAGUUAAUCAAGUUUUUUCUGUGCUUUUGUAAAAAUUCAAGUCAGCUCAAUUCAGAUAAUUCGGAAAAAAUGUUGCCAAUAAUUUUUUCUUCUAUAAAUAAUUUAUUUUUAUUUUGGUGCACAUACUUUUGCCAAUUGGUCUCCAAAAUUUCUAGCAUGAUUGAAGUGCAGUCAGAUCAUGAACUUUGCUGUUACAGAGAGGCUUUAUUUUCUUAUUUAUUUAUUUAUUUAUUUAUUUAUUUAUUUAUUUACUUUUUAGUACAUCGAGAAACCUCCUGAUGCAGCAUAGACAAAGCGUGCCCAGUCUUAGGGAAAAAUGUCUUGCAAAAUUGCAAAUAGAUGUAAAUGUUUUUUGCUAGUCCAUUAUCAUUAACCAUCAAACACAUAUAAUAUAGAAAUGCCACCGUUCUGUUACACUCCCAAGAAAAAUCAACAAUUCGACGCAUUUGUGCAAAUAGAAUUUGAUCUCCUCAGGGAGAUUUGAAGGAGGAUUCAUUUAUUUCAACUAUGGGUCAGUGGUGUGGCGUGAAUGAUCGAUUAUCGAUAUUUCCUGAUUUGAAGCUAUGGUAAAGAAUUGAUUAUUAAGGUGUUCGUUGCGAAUACCCUGUUUAUCGAUCCUUAGCUGUAGGUUUAGAUGGCAGAUCAAUCGACAGAUUGCAAAGCACGCCACGCCACGCCAUUGAUAUGGGUUGGAUCUAAGUAUUUUGGAGUUUGAAGGCUGAGUUAGGAGAAAUUUAACACUCAAGCAAUUCCACCAAUAAAGAAUCAAGCAAUGAAAUGACUUGAUUCUGCCUGGAACAGUUUGAAGCUUCUCAAAAAGUUUCCAUGUUGACAGACUCAGUUAGUGUAAUAUCUUCCAAGUGACAGAAGACCUCACCUGGCUCUGGCUUUUAGUGAAGUCUCAAAAGGUUUUUGUGUUCUUUUCUGCACUUAUGUCUUUCCUCAAACUUUUCAAUGUGGCUAGGCUCUGUUAGCGGAUUGGCCCCGUUUGCCUCGGGCAUCAGUCGAAAUCCCAAUUUGAUAUAAGUGUCUGCAAAGUUUAUCGUUCAUUUUUCUUAAGUUUUUAGAAUGAGUGAUGAAUUUCUCUUGUUCCUAUUUUUUCCAUCUCGAAAUUCCAUCACUGCCAGAAGGUUUCAUAUGUUGUGUUGUAAGUCAUUUUGCUCAGCAUGUUGAACUUAAAUCCAGAGUUGGAAUAAGUCACAAGUCUGCUGACAAUACAUCAUGAAAUUAUCAGAGGACGAAUCACAAACAACAGAUGUGCAAGAGCCAACUCAAGUAUAAGAUAGUGUUAACUAUAAAUUACCUCCAUGAAGUUUGCCAAAGUUAGAAAUUUAGUGGUAACUUAUUUUCAGUGUAAAAGUUGUCUUUUGGCAACAUCUAUGGAUGUACACAAAGUAUCUAUUCAAUGUACUUGUAUUUUGAAUCAUAGAAAUUAUUUUACAUUCAAGGUCAUAAAAAAACCCUCUUUUUUCAUGGGAUAGGUAAAUUAAUGACUUCUUUGUGAUUAAUAGCCUCUUCCCCUGAUGUUUUCAUACAUCAUCGUAAUUUUCAGUCCUUUUUCUUCAGUGCCGUUCUGAAAUUGAAGUGUUCCACUAAAACAGCAACUGAAUUCUUAAGCUAAUCUUAAACACCUGUUGACACAAAAAUUGAUUUGCCAAUUUACAACUGAAAAUGUCAGAAAGACCAAAGAUUCUGUAUUGUAACAAGCACUUAAGUAGCAAAGUUUAAGAAAAUCUCUGUACCUCAAUUAUCAAUAUGAUCAUUUUUCUUACUUUUAACCCGUAAAACCUCUGAAAUUAGGUUCCCACGAUUUUGUUCCUCAUGAAAUUCAGCAUUGUGAAAUUGCUCUUUAGUUCAUCAAACUAAACUUCUUUGUAGUUGCUGUUUCCCUAGGUCCUCGAAUUUGCCAAAAUAGAAAAUUAAUAAUUGUAGCUUGUAACAGAAUACAUAGGUAAUGUGUUAGCAAACUAGUCCUAAUCUAGUCAAAUCAGUAUGUUCCUUAUUUUUCGUCUUUUCCCUUUUGUUAUCUCUGUAAAUACUGUGUGUACAGAAUCAACUGACGUAUGGAAAAAUAAACUGAAAAUUGAUAAAAAAAAAAAAAAAA